UGGUGACAUUAUUUUAUUAUCUGUCCGUAAAAAUAAUUUCAAAUCAACAAAACAGUAAAAUUGGAUAGUGAACAGCUGCUGAUGCAAUAGUUUGUUGUGCAUUAGUGUUUUUAUUUUUUAAUUAUGAAUAAAAAUGCUUUGUUUGCUUGCUCAUUAAAUUAAAGCAAACCGAAAACAGCUAAGAUGGAAUCAAAAGUGGAUGUCCUGCAGAAAACCUAUUUAUCAAGAUUAAACUCCAAAUUUGCAGAAAAACCAUGGCGUGAGACCUUUCAGCUGGUGCACAGAUGCAUGGGGAAAUCUAGAACAGACAGCCAGCACUGUGAGCCAAUUAUGAAAUGCCUGCAGAAACUACAGAAAGCUCUGAAUGUGACCUCUCUGCAUGCCAUUGUGACCCGACUAGAGACGAUUGCUAAACAGAGAGGGCUGGGCUCUCACUUGAGUCCCACAGAGACUGCAUGCUAUCUGACAGCUGAUCUGUUCUAUGUGGAGGUGCUGAUGAUGCCUGGGGGAGAGGUUAAGGAUGUGAAAUUCGCACAGCACGGAGAAGCUCCUGAGUCAAAUGCAUCACUUUGUCAGUUGCUCAGGAUGAAGAAAUUUGAGGAAUUCUCACUCAAGAUGGACGACUUCGUGUCUCUUUAUAAUAUACCAGGCGACAGUGAUACCAAGCUGAAAUUGUACACAUCCCUUCAGCAUCUGCAGAAAGACCUAUUGAAAAUUUCUAAUUUACCAAGGCGUUUGAUAGAUAGUGAUCUUCAUGUCGAUAUGGUUCUAAAUGGCAGAAUUGGGAGUAUUACGCUUGGCAGAGAAGGAAGCCCAAUGAGCAUUGAGUACUACAUCAGCCCCUCAGACGCACUGAUGAAGAGGUUACACAAAGGGGAAAGCGGCCACAGCCAGACUGCCGUAGUGGGGGUAGGUGCCAGUGCCACUACACACAAGUUGCAGAUGGAGUCUCUGAUUCCCACACCACCCCAAAUAGACUCAUUAGGACUUCCGUUGUUCAUCCCGCUGUCCGAAACCUGUUCAGAGAUCCUGCCAGCCUUCUUUCUUCUCAAAAUCAAGCCACCAGUGCCCAUGCUCAAUUCCUUCAUCCAGAAGAUAAGUCAAAUAACAGACAUUCCCCCAGAUUUUGACCUGCAGGGGGAGCCACUGUUCCAGUUGUUCCAGUCCAGUACUUUAGAGGACAAAACACCAUAUGAAGGAAAAGACGCUCAAUUUAUUGUGUCUCUCCCAGAUGCUGAGUUCCACAGCUAUUUGUUUGCUGUUGCUGAAUGGGAGUGUGACUUCUGGAAAGGAUCUCUGGUUCACACUGUUCCUUUUACCCAUCCUGCUCACGUACCGGUCUUAUUGGACCUCCUCCGGUAUCAGUCUGUCAUCAACACUCUACUUUCGAGCUGCAUUACCAGCCUUAAGCACCAACCAGAGUUAGCAUGUGACGUUAGCUGUGAAAUCUUCCCGGAGUCUGUCUGCAGCUUUUCUGUGACCUUCAGCAUCCCAGACACAGACACACUGGCAGUUUUGCUCGUUUCUGUGGUGGAUUAUCGUCAGCUGCACUGCAGACUCCUAAUUCCUGGAACAGUGGAUCACUCUCUAGAUGACUAUAUCUCCAGAGUCCUCACACGGUGCAUGUCUAUCCCCAUUACUUUAAGAGCUAUACGGAAGAGGAUCUCCAGCUUGAAGCCACCAGCACUACCACUUGAACCUGAACCUGCUAGGAAGAUUGAGAGGUUAUCCUCUACACCACCACAUUGUGCUGCAAAGAACACUUCAGCCAUCCUGCCUUCUACAGUGCUCUCUCCUGAGCCUAUGGAGGCGGACAGUCUUCUUCUAAUCCUGGCCACUAUGUUAUGUCUGUUGCUGCUGCUCCAGCAGUUGAUGGUGCUAAUACAGAUACGAUUGCUAACCGUUCCCCCUGUGCCUCUGUGGGUGUCUUUUCACACUGGGUGGCCAGCAACUUUCCAGCUGAGCUGAUUUAGAAGAUUCGAAAGGAAUGAUCAUGUCAGAGAUAUGCGUAGUAAAUUAUUUGUUCUGAAGAAAGACCUUAAUAAAAAUGUUUUAAAUGGAA